ACCUUCACACAACACAUUAACACAACCUCCCCUCACUUUCAUUCUCUCUCUCAAUUUGUGUCUGCAGACUUGACUCAGCUCGACUCAGUGUAACCAGUCAUUUCUUUCUAGCAGAGUUCACUACGCAGGGUUCCAUGGGUGGCAAAAGUUCAAAACGGGCAGCCCCAAGCCGGUAUUCGUCUUUUGGCUCUAGUUCAAAUUCAAAUUUUUGGAAUCAUAAUGAGUAUCCACAAUCCUCCUAUCCUAUGCCACCACAAACAUAUGCUUCUGCACCUCCCCCUCAAAGCUAUGGUGGUUGGGCCUCUGAUUCAAAAAGGAGGACAGAGCAAAAAUUUUCAAAAAUAGACGACAAUUACAACAGCUUAGAUCAGGUUACUGAGGCUUUGGCCCGUGCUGGUCUGGAGUCAUCAAAUCUAAUAGUUGGUAUUGAUUUCACCAAGAGCAACGAAUGGACAGGUGCAAGAUCAUUUCAUCGAAAAAGCUUGCAUCACAUAGGGGAUGAUCAGAAUCCAUAUGAAGAAGCAAUAUCAAUCAUUGGGCGUACAUUAGCUUCAUUUGACGAAGAUAAUCUAAUUCCUUGUUUUGGCUUUGGAGAUGCUUCAACACAUGACCAAGAAGUGUUCAGCUUCUAUCCAGACGAAAAAUAUUGUGAUGGAUUUGAGGAAGUAUUGACACGGUAUCGAGAAUUAGUCCCACAACUAAGACUUGCAGGUCCAACAUCAUUUGCCCCCAUUAUUGAAAUGGCAGUUACUAUUGUUGAGCAAAGUCGUGGCCAGUACCAUGUUUUGUUGAUAAUAGCUGAUGGGCAGGUGACAAGAAGUGUUGAUACUGACCGUGGCCAGCUAAGCCCUCAGGAGAGAAAAACUGUCGAGGCAAUUGUGAAAGCUAGUGAAUACCCCUUAUCCAUCGUAUUAGUUGGUGUUGGAGAUGGACCAUGGGACAUGAUGAGGGAAUUUGAUGACAAUAUACCUGCUCGUGCCUUCGACAAUUUCCAGUUUGUAAAUUUCACGGAAAUAAUGUCAAAGAACCUGAACCGGUCCAGGAAAGAGGCAGAGUUUGCGCUUGCAGCCUUGAUGGAAAUACCUUCUCAAUACAAAGCAACACUAGAGCUUAAUAUUUUAAAUGCGCAGAGAGGCAAAGCUAUAGAUAGAAUUCCUCUUCCCCCACCUCAAUAUGGCAUGGCAUCCCGAGGGGCAUCAAAGCCCUCACAGUCUAGUAGUUUCCGCCCGAGUGCACCCUCUUCAAAUAGACCAGCUUCAUAUGUUGGCAGUAGGGAGCCUCCUGUUUCCUCAUCUGAUGUCAAUCUAUGUCCCAUUUGCAUCAGCAAUCCUAGAGACAUGGCUUUUGGUUGUGGACAUCAGACAUGUUGUGGAUGUGGGGAGGACCUUCAACUUUGCCCAAUUUGUCGUAGCUCUAUCCAUACUAGGAUAAAGCUUUAUUAGAUGAACUCUGCCUUCAACGGUGUUUGAGAUGUUUCAAAAAUCGAAUCUUCUAUGAGAACAUUUGGGAUGAUGGCUUUGAUGUCUUUGACAUUGAACUAAAACUGGGUGUCUCAAGCUUCAGAAGAAGUUAUUAUUGCCAUGUACAUAUUUGUCAUUUUGCUGAUUAGUACAUGUCUUUUCUUUGUAAUUAGUUUUUGAAUGAUAUAUGAUGAUAAAUCAGAACGGAAAAUAUUACCCAGAAAUAAAAAAUUUUGCUUUAUUUUUC